AUGAUACAGUAGAGCGGAUCUCUCGGUUCCUCUACUCGAGUAGAUUCGUUAGGACGCGCUCCCAAGAUUGCCAACGAGCGUCCUUGGCAGAGCGUCUGAUAAAAUCUAACUUGAAGCUUCCGUUUUCUUUCCUUUUUCACCCUAUUUCGUACGCCCACACACGUCAGCACACCUGCACGCACACAUCUGUUAUAUCAAAGCUUCCCGUCUUUCUCUUUUCCCCUCCCCUCACAUUUCCCCCCCUCCCCUUCCCCUCCUUCACUUAUCAAAUUGUUAUCAGAUACCAGUAAUAGCAACGAGGGAGAAAAAGCCGCAAGAACUCCUUCAAGGUCAACAAAAAAACGGCACUGAAUACAGUUCAGUGAGCGAUGGCAACCCCUCGCUCUUUACGUUCGUUCUUCGAUUCUACUCCGGCGGAUCUACUGGACUCGCAGUUGUCUUCUCUCGCCCUUAUCUCUCGAACAGCUUAUGAGCAGAAUCAGUCCGAAAUAGCAACACUGCGGAAAAAAAUUGAGGAUAAAGAAAGCGAAAUUUCUUCACUAAUAGUCAAACGCGAUGGGGUAGGUGAGGAUGCUAGUGCUGGUACUGUCGGGGUGGCGGUGGAGAUUGGUGUGCUGGAGGUUCAAAUUACAGAGUUGCGCCGGCGUAACGAGGAGUUACUCGGAGAAAAUAGGCGGAUUGCCAAAGAGCUGGAGAGUUCCGAAUUGAAAGGAAAGGCCAUCAAGGCUGAAAUUACCCGCUUGAGAUCGGAUGGGUCCAAGAGAUCCAAGGAACUCGAGGAAAGAAAUCAGAAGCUAUCCGCGGAAUUGUUGGAUGCGAAGACUGCGUUUUCACAACUACAACAGUCAAUUGGCAGUCAGGGCGGAAUGACGAAUGGGCAUGGGAUCGGCUCAAGUGGUGCGAUGAUGGCCGAUAACGAAGCGACAUUGCAUGAGCUCAGAAGUGAGAAGGAAAAGCUACUGACUAGGCUCCGUUCGUCCGAAUCUGGCAAAGCAGAUCUUCAGAGGAUCAAUAGGGAACUUAGAACCGUAGUGAAGACUAAUGAGAACAGUAACGUCGACUUGCAGAAGGGAAACUUAGACUUGAAAGUACAGAUUUCAAGUCUAGAGUCGGAUAACCAGAAACUCCAGAAGAAGAACGCGAAAUUCGACAUGAUGGUGGAGGAAAAGGAGCAACUGGAGAAACUUGUCGUGAGCUUACAGGCUGAAAUUGAAAGGCUUCGUGCGAUACCUCCUAUAGAUAAUAACACGGGAGCACUAGAGGCGGAAAUCACGAAAUUACAGGGCGAGGUUGAACACCUGAACUCGCAGCUCAUGGGCAAUGGUCCAACCUCGCUACUAGGUUUCGAGGCGGCGAAUAAGCAACUACUAAAAGACAACAUCGAAUUGACGAGGAAGAAUGAGGGGUUGUCCGAAGAGAGCAACAAGUUAGCGAAUCGACUGGAGGCCGAGAAGAGGGAGGUCGCUGCCCGCGAUGCCGAGAUUGAGAUUUUAAAUCAGCGCUCACAGAGGCUUCUCGACGACCUCAAUAUUCACAAAGACUGGGAGGAGCGUCUGAGGGACGAAAACGUAGCCUUGCGAUCACAAAAGGAUAGAUUGUUAGUCGACCUGGACGAUAUGGAGAGGGACCUGAGGAUGUACCGAGCAAAAGCACCGGAACCGAAGCCCUUGAAAGCUCUGUUAGAUAAGCCGUUCGAGCAUAUUCCGACGAGAAAAGAUGCGCGGCGCAAUUCCGGAAUCGCCUCAAAUGGCACACACGGCCAGUCUAGUGGAACUUCUAUCUCACCAAGGGGACAAGGCAUGAAAAGACCACUCGACAAGAUGGAAGGCUCGGGGAAGGAGGUAAGCGGAGGAGGUGCAGACGGUAAUUUGAUUGGCGGAAACGGAAACGGAGGCAAUCGAAAUUUUAGCAUUCGCGCGAUAGCCUCGGAGGCUAACGGUCCCGCGCCAGCACCAUCGGGAGUGGCCGGUUUACCAGCGCGUAUUAGUACGAGCGUCCCAACAUCACCUACGGCCGGAAGAAACCCCAUUGAACGAGUAAACGGAGGCCUCCCCUCUCGCUCGCUUUUCGAGAGAAUCUCCCUUCCACUCCCGCAACCUCCACCGAUUUCACCAGUUUCUCGCAGGUCUGAAGAACGAGAUAUCGAAUACCUUAUCAACAGCACCAAAACCGGCAAACGCUGCAUUACCUGUCGCUUUAACGGCGGUGGCGACUCCCCCGACCCUGCUGACCUCCUAUCGGUCGUCUGCGGCGGCCCGCUGGAGUAUCUGCGUGUAAUGAGCGACCGAAACAUGGGUAUUCUCUGCUUCCUGCGUCCCCACGACGCAGAGGCAUUUCUGGCCUACGCCGAACGAAACCUUAAUGGGAAGCGUGUAUUUCACGACGAACGUUGUGUGGUGGACUUUUUGUGGCAGGACAAGGCUAUCAAACCCAUUGAGAGGGAGAUAGCAUAUCACGUGGUGCACUAUAGUCGGUCCAGGAUCUUUAAGUUCCAUUGCCUGCCCUACGAAAUCUCGCUCGAGCGCUGUCUUGAUAAGAUCACCUCUCUCAUUGGCGAUCGGCCGCUGUGGCUGAACGAGGGGCUUAGGGUCCAGCGUGGACGGGAGGUCGAAGUCGAGUUCAUGAGCAUUCGAGACGCCACCGAGGCGAGACGCUUGUUAGAUGCUCAGGCCACAUCAUGGGGGGGCAUUUGCUGGUGUAGAGAGGAGUGCGAUCGGCCAAUUCCUACAACCAGACAGUAAGAUAUCGAUUCCGCCGGAUUUUCUCUUACAAGGCAUCAGUCCACAUCAACUCGUAGGUAUUAUAAGCAGAUUUUUCAUGGGAAAUUUUGUCUUUUACGUGAUACUAUCUUUUUAGGGAUUUCGUGUUCUUAGUUUUUAUUUCCUCUUCUUUCCUAUUGCUUUUUCUUUGCUUUGAUUCUGUGGGCUAGUGUGGCGAAUGGAUGCAUGCAUGGGCGGUCAGGGGUCGGGGUGCUGGGAAAGGACCAGAGAGUAUUGUGCUAGGGGAGGUGAGGUGAAUAAUACACUUGGUUCAUCUGUUGGUAUUUUUCACAUCUGUUUGUUUGCUUGCUUGGGCGAUUGAUAUCAUACACAUUUAAUAGUUACAAUACCCUUAUUGGAUAAAUCCUUUGUGUUUGUAACUGCAUGGAUGAAAUAGAACUACUGUGUUGCGGGCUCGCUCACGAUAACUUGAUAUUUCUCGGAUACUUUUGGUGUGGUUCGUCGCUCGUGCCCGGUUAGGCUGGAGAAAUCUGUUGUUCUUUCGUAUUCUCUUUUGUCUAUCGUAAUGUCGAGAGUACUUGUUUUCGUUUGCUUAUAAUGUUCUAAAUCCAUCAUUUCUACUA